AGUAUAUAAAUGCUGAUGGCGACCAUCGGUCGAGCAGUAAGGUUUUCGUUGACAAGUGAAUUCACGACAAACCAAGAAUUCAAGAUGCGCUCUUGGCUCACUGCGGUUUUGUACCUUUCCAUGGCCGUCUGCAUACUAGGAAACGUCUUCGAGCGCGGCGAACGCCUCAAGGACGACCACUGCAUCAUCGACCAGACCAUCCUGGAGCUUCCAAACUCUUGGGAGCCCAUCCCAAGAGCCUCAAUCGACAUAACGUGCCCGGACGUUAACGACGUUGUCAGUUACAUUAAGAUUAGCAGCAUAAAAGACAAAGAGGUUGACUUUCAACUGUUUGGUAAUGUCGGCAUGAAUUCCUUAGCGGUGAUUGCAACAGCAAAAAAAAAUGAGGAAUUAUUGUUAAGAGUAACAAGUUACUGCAUAGAGUCAAGCAUGUUUCCCUUAGAAAAAACGAUGUGGGAAUAGACAACGACAUGACGAGCUAUGACAUCGAAGUACGAAGACAACUACACCCGGUGAAAAUGAGCAAUAAAGAAAGAAUAGGUUAUAAUGGCAACGACAGUACUACCGAUAACGAAAUCUGGGCUGACAAUGAUAAUGAUAGAGUAGAAAGAGAAG